GCCGCCAUGGGCGCUCACCUGAGCCGCCGUUACCUGUGGGACGCCGAGGCCGAGCCCGACCCGCUGCACAUGCCGUCCUUCCCCGCCCGGCUCGGCCUGCCGCGCCGCCAGCCGCGCGCCAUGGUGGCCUCGGCGGCGCAGCUGGCGCAGGCCCGCGUGCCGCUGGAGCAGCGCGACUUCUGCGGGCACCACCUGCUGCGGCUGCUGCGCUGCCAGCGCGACAACUUCCCCGUGCCAUGGCGGUGCCACGCGCUGCGCCACGCCUGGGACGGCUGCCAGCACGAGGACUACGUGAUGCGCAUGAAGGAGUUCGAGCGUGAGCGGCGCCUGCGGCUGCGGCAGCAACGGCUGAGACGGCGCGGGGACGGUGACGGGGACAGCGAGUGACACCCGGUGGCACCACGGGGACAGUGAUGGGGACAGCGAGUGACACCCGGUGACACCACGGGGACGGUGACGGGGACAGCGAGUGACACCCGGUGACACCACGGGGACGGUGAUGGGGACAGCGAGUGACACCUGGUGACACCCAGUGACACCCAGUGGCACCACGGGGAUGGUGACAGGGACAGCGAGUGACAGCGAGGGACACCCGGUGACACCAUGGGGACAGCGACGGGGACAGCAAGUGACACCUGGUGACACCCAGUGACACCCGGUGAUACUGCAGGAACAGCGAGUGACACUGGGUGACACCCAGCAACACUGGGUGACACUGGGUGACACCCAGAACACCACGGUGACACCUGAGUGACACUGAGGACACCGUGGUGACACCCAGGAACACUGAGUGACACUGGGGACACCACGGUGACACUGAGUGACACCGGAGUGACACCAAGGACGCCUGGUGACACUGGUGACACCACUGUGACGGUGACAUGAGGACCCCCGCGCAAUUAAGCCCCCGAGUGACACCUGGUGACCCCGAGUGACACUGGGGACACUGUGGUGACACCGAGUGACACCGCGGUGACGGUGACACAAGGACCCCUGAGUGACACCGGUGACACCGCAGUGACAGUGACAUGAGACCCCCGCUCAAUAAAGCCCCAAGUGACACCGGUGACACAGAGUGACAUCAAGUGACACUGGUGACACCGUGGUGACGGUGACAUGAGGACCCCCAAGUGACACCAGUGACACCGCGGUGACGGUGACACGAGCCCCCCGCUCAAUAAAGCCCCAGGUGACACCCGGUGACACCAAGUGACAGUGGUGACAUCAAGUGAUACCGCGGUGACGGUGACACGAGCCCCCCGCUCAAUAAAGUCCCCAGGUGACACCUGGUGACACAGGUGACACCGCAGUGACGGUGACACAAGACCCCCGCACAAUAAAGCCCCAAGUGACACCAGUGACACCAUGGUGACGGUGACACGAGGACCCCCGAGUGACACUGGUGACACCGACACGAGCCCCCCUGCUCAAUAAAGCCCCGAGUGACACUGGUGACACCGAGUGACACCCGGUGACACCGCGGCGACGGUGACACGAGGACCCCCGAGUGACACCGUGGUGACGGUGACACGAGCCCCCCGCUCAAUAAAGCCCCGAGUGACACCGGUGACACCGUGGUGACGGUGACACGAGGACCCCCGAGUGACACCGCGGUGACGGUGACACGAGCCCCCCGCUCAAUAAAGCCCCGAGUGACACGA